AUGAUUGUCUCUCCGUGUGAGACGUGUCCCCGUCUCCAGUCCUCGUCUGGCACGCAGACGCCGACGGUGUCUUUGUAUUGGGCAAUCAAGAUGAAGAUGAUGAGGCCUUUCAAGAAAGUGUAUGCUUUUGGUGAUUCAUACACAGACACAGGCAAUACAUAUUCAUCCACUGGUCCUAGUUCAUUCACUCAUGUAUCAAACCCUCCUUAUGGCACCACAUUCUUCCACCACCCCACCAAUCGAUACUCCGAUGGACGGCUCAUGAUCGACUUCGUGGCUCAGGCUCUUUCGAUACCGUUCUUGCCUCCAUACCGCAACCCAAAGUCCGAUAAAUCGUAUGGUGUCAACUUUGCUGUUGCUGGAUCCACUGCUAUAAUACAUAGUUUCUUUGUGAAAAACAACCUUACACUCAAUAUUACUCCUCAGUCACUCCAAACACAACUCAUUUGGUUCAACAAAUUCUUGGAAAGUAAAGGGUGUAAUGGCUCAACAACAAGCCAAGAGUGCACGGCAGCAUUAAAUGAUGCACUGUUUUGGGUAGGUGAAAUUGGAGCAAAUGACUAUGCUUACAGCAGCUUUGGAACUUCUGUCUCCCGUACAACUAUUCGAAAGCUUGCCAUCUAUAGCGUUACCAGUUUUCUUCAGGCAUUGCUAAAUAAGGGUGCAAAAUACAUUCUUGUUCAAGGCCUGCCACCUACAGGAUGCCUAACACUGUCCAUGGCACUGGCUCCUACAGAUGACAGGGAUGAUAUGGGGUGUGUAGGAAGUUUAAACAAGCUAAGUUACCUUCACAACACAAUCCUCCAAGCCAAGUUGAAUGAUCUCAGAAAAAAGUUCCCACAAGCAGUCAUUGUUUAUGCAGACUUCUGGAAUGCCUACGCGAAUAUCGUAAAAGGGGCAAAGAACUAUGGCUUCAGGGAGCUUUUCAAAGUCUGCUGCGGGUCGGGCGGUGGAACGUACAACUUUGACGCCCUCGGUACAUGCGGCUCGCCAGUGUCGACUGCCUGCACCAACCCUUCUCGGUACAUUAAUUGGGAUGGAGUUCAUCUUACUGAAGCCAUGUACGAACUUAAUAGUUACGAAUCUUACCGUUCAAGGACCUAUAAUCUGCAAGCUGUGACCAUGUCGUCUUCAUAUCUUCCAGCAACCACAGAUUCGCUUGUUCAGGCUACUGAAACUAAAACCCCAUCCGAGGCAAUAUCUAUCCUCUAUCGCAUACUUGACAAUCCCUCAUCUUCUUCUGAGGCCUUAAGGAUAAAAGAACAGGCCAUCUCCAAUCUCUCUGAUCUUCUUAGACAAGAAAACAGAGCCGAGGAACUCAAAAAUCUACUGACUCAGCUUCUGCCCUUCUUCUCAUUGAUACCCAAAGCAAAAACUGCUAAAAUUGUCCGUGGAAUUGUUGAUGCAGUAGCCAAAAUACCAGACACUUCAGAUCUUCAGAUUGCCCUCUGCAAGGAAAUUGUGCUAUGGACCCGUGCAGAGAAGCGAACUUUCCUUCGCCAGCGAAUUGAGGCAAGACUUGCAGCUCUUUUGAUGGAAAACAAGGAAUAUUCUGAAGCAUUGAAUCUUCUUUCAGGGCUGAUCAAGGAAGUGAGAAGAUUAGAUGAUAAGCUGCUGCUUGUUGAUAUAGAUUUGUUGGAGAGCAAGCUCCAUUUUUCUUUGAGGAACCUUCCUAAAGCUAAGGCUGCACUUACUGCUGCAAGAACAGCUGCCAAUGCUAUUUACGUGCCUCCGGCUCAGCAGGGCAUUAUAGAUUUACAAAGUGGGAUUCUUCAUGCAGAAGAGAAGGAUUACAAAACUGCUUAUAGCUAUUUUUAUGAAGCUUUUGAAGCUUUCAAUGCCCUCGAAGAUCCUCAGGCCAUAUAUAGCCUCAAGUACAUGUUGCUCUGCAAAAUUAUGGUUAGCCAAGCUGAUGAUGUUGCAGGAAUAAUAUCAUCUCCCAAGGUGGGCUUGCAAUAUCAGGGCCCAGAACUCGAUGCAAUGAAAGCCAUCGCCGAUGCUCAUUCAAAACGCUCGUUGAAGCUUUUCGAGACUGCUCUUCGAAAUUAUAAGGCUCAGCUAGAGGAAGAUCCUAUUGUCCACAGGCACCUUUCUUCCCUGUACGACACACUGCUCGAGCAGAACCUUUGCAGGUUGAUUGAACCUUUCUCGAGGGUCGAGAUUGCUCAUAUUGCUGAGUUAAUUGAAUUGCCUGCUGACCACGUUGAGAAGAAAUUGUCACAAAUGAUCUUGGAUAAGAAGUUUGCGGGAACUUUGGACCAGGGUGCUGGAUGCCUCGUCAUUUUUGAUGAUCCCAAAACAGAUGCUAUAUAUCCAGCUACNUUUUUGAUGAUCCCAAAACAGAUGCUAUAUAUCCAGCUACGCUAG